AAUCAUCGCACGGUGAGAAACGGGGACGCGAGAAGAUCGCAUUUGGAGCGCGGGAUAAUAAUAAAAAUUGCGAAAAGGUUGGAAACUCGAAAGGAAGGGAAGUGGAAAGCUCUGUAGCAGAAGUGUCGCCUCGAUGUCGCGCAAUUUUUCGAUCAACUUUCUAUAAAUACAGUCAUUUGUCACUCAUCGAGAGUACGGAGAGUCGAGAGAGAAAGAGAGAGAGAGAGAGAGCUCUGGGAUGCUCGAUAAAUCAUCAUUGAUUUAAAACGUCCCCUUGAAAAAAGUGCGAUGUACCACCGAUAAAAUUUGAUUUACCGUAUCGAGGGCGUAGCGUACUCUCUACGGUGGCUCAUACGUGUCUUAUAUUUAUUUUAGAACGUCGUCAGAAAAAUUACGGUCUACCGGUUGGAGCUCGACGCCGUCUGGGGACAUCGGUGGAUCAAUUUUUAAAGCCGCGCCAUGAAAACCGGCGUGAAGGGUCGCCGGCGAGAACAAUGACGAUGCUGAUGCCAGACAGUCGGUCGCAAAUUAUCCCUGCGAGGUAUUAUUAAUUAAAUAGGCUUGUUAACUCGCGUCUCCCGACGCGAAAAAAUUCUACGCCCUGUUAUAAAUUGUUGACGUGUGCCGAGAUAUCUAAUUUCUGAAAGAAAAAGAGAAAGAAAAAAAGAAAGAAAGGGAAAAAAUUGCAUUCGAUUUCAGUGGAACUGUGUGGCGUUAACCCCCCAAAGGGUGUGAAUUUGCAUGAAAAACAGCCAUUAAAAAUUAAAUGAACACAUAUGCUGAGUGGGGAGCACGUGACUUUGACAGUUUCGGCGGGAAGUCAGUAGCACGUGCGACAGCGUGAAUAGUGGAUGUGUCUAUAACCUCAAUUCUUGCGCUCCGCAAAUAAACACUUAAAAUGUUAAAAGAGUAUUUAUUGAAAAAUCACCAAAUAGAAUUGGAGGAAGUUUUGGAUAAUAUUGAUAUCAAUUGUUAUUAUUCGAUUUAUGUUAAUUUUGUAUCAUUGUUCGAGGAUGAUGCCGACGUUGCACAAAAAAUUUUGCAAUAUCCUAGAUAUUACUUACCAUUGUGCGACGAAGCAGCGAUAAAAGCUCAGGAAGAAAUAGCCAAACCGAAACAAAUUGUUAAAAAGAAGGUACGUAUUAGAGUUACUGCUGUGCCAGUUACAUUAGAUCAAGGGCAAAUUGGACAGCUUGUUUCAACGAGUGGCAUUAUCGUUAGGAUCUCCCAACCAAAAGUGUUAAAAUCUGUUCAAAGAUAUUAUUGUAGAAAGUGCAAACAUAUUACUUUGGCUAAGUAUGAAUGGGAGAGACAAACUUUUGCAGAUAUUACAGAUUGUGAAGAGUGUAAUGCUACAAAACUUAAAGUUUUAACUGAUUUUGAUUUGGAAGAUUCUUCAGAUUGUCAGGAAAUAGGAAUACAAGAAAAGUGUAAAAUAGAUACAAACAAAUCCUUGACUGAGGAACUUAGGAUUAUUCUAUUGGAUGAUUUAGUUGAUAAAUGUAGACCAGGAGAUCAUGUUGAGAUUAGUGGUGUUGUGAUAAGAAUUUGGGGUCCCUUAGAAGUUGGUGAACGUUUAGAAGCGACAACCAUGAUGUUAGGUAAUAGCAUUACAGUACGGCGUAAAAUAUCCGACACAUCUUCUUCUCAAGAAAUGAGAGAUGUUUUUAGAAAUUAUUGGGAAAAAUAUAGCGAUAAUCCUUUACUUGGUAGAGAUAAUAUUCUUGCAUCUCUUUGCCCAAAGCUUUAUGGAAUGUACACUGCAAAAUUAGCACUGGCUGUCGUUUUAGCCGGUGGCGUACCAAAAUGUAACGAAAGCGGUAAUUAUCUUUAUUAUCAUUCUUUUUAUUCUCUAUAUAAAAUACAAUGUGUCAUUAUAAAAAAAAAAAAAGGAACACGUGUGCGUGGAGAACCUCAUCUUCUUUUGGUCGGCGAUCCUGGAACUGGUAAAUCCCAAUUGCUUCGUGCAGCAUCUCGUUUGGCUAUAAGAUCGGUUCUUACGACCGGUGUGGGAUCGACUGCAGCUGGACUCACUGCAACCGCUGUUAGAGAUUCAGAAGGAUGGCAUCUAGAAGCUGGGGCCCUUGUAUUAGCAGAUGGAGGCGUCUGUUGCGUGGAUGAGUUCACAACCAUGAGCUCACAGGAUAGAACAUCCGUUCACGAAGCUAUGGAACAACAAACAAUAUCAAUCGCCAAAGCUGGAUUAGUUAGCACGUUAAACUCAAGGUGUUCAGUGGUUGCAGCUAUUAAUCCAUCUGGUGGUCAAUUCACCGAUGAUGAAGAAUGGGAAACGAAUUUAGGGGAUCCUCUUUUAUCACGUUUCGAUUUAAUCCUGCUUUUGAAGGACAAUAGGAAUUCAGAAUGGGAUAGGCUGACUUCGGAACAUAUUUUGAAGGCUGCUUACGAGACUAAAGAGAACAAUGCUCAGACAGACUCGAAAAAUCAUAUGGAACUUUUAAAAAGCGAAAGCUUGUGGAAAGAGGAUACUUUGCGAGAAUAUUUAGCAUAUGUACAUUCCCUGCAACCAAAAUUAACGAAGGAAGCGGAAAUGAUACUUCGAGCGACAUAUCUUUAUCACAGGUGUCAUCCAAAUAGGAGAGAAGAGAGAACAACAGUUCGACUUUUGGACAGCCUUAUUCGAUUAGCCGAAGGACACGCUAGAUUGAUGUACAGAUCGGAUAUAGAAAUCAUGGAUGUUAUAUUCGUGGCAAAAUUAGUUGGGACUGGAUCUACAUCCGAGAUUAAUCUUGGUUGUUCAUUUCCAAUAGAUCCAAUUGCAACAUACAAAUCUGAAGGUAAAAUACUAUUGAGGACUAUUGGUUUAGAGAAAUUGGAAAAUUUGUUAUAAAUAUUUCAAAUAUUUCUUGAAGAAGUUUUCUUAUUUUAAUUAUUGGAGUAUUGAAAG